AUGGUCAACGACAUAUUGAGUUUGUUUAAAUCAUAUGAGAUUGUGAACAUGCCAAAGGAGCAGAACACGAGCACAAAUACCCUAUCAAAGUUUUCAAGCACAAGUGUGGAAGACAUCAACCAUUCUUUAAUCCAAGAGACACUUGAGAAACCUGAUAUCUCCACAAUAGUCAUUGUGACAGCUGUGACAACGGGAACAACAAAGCCGCCUUGGAUCACUUUAAUCAUGGUAUAUAUUGUGAAUAGAACUCUACGGGAAGGUUCUCUUGAUGCCAAUCUAGUGAAGCGAAAAACAUGCUCCUACUUGAUCAUAAGGUGA